AUGCAUUGGCGUGGGUUUCUGGCCUUGUUCGGGGUCUCCGUGGGCCUUGCUCAUGGAUUCUUGCAUCCUCCCCAUCGGUACAUCACAGCCAACGACACAAAGGAGGCCUUGAGCCAUAUCGAAAGCCCUCAUCUACAUUACAGGCUUGCUUCUUCCAAGCUUGAGUACCAGUGCGGUCCUGACUACGGAUCUUGCCCCAGCGGUACAUGCUGCUCGAGUGCAGGUAGGUCAUCAUUUCCUCGAGAACUCAAAUCAGGAUCUCACCGUCGAUUUGGGACAGGCUUCUGUGGGACAACUGUUGCUCAUUGCCGGUCUCCUGACUGCAUGAUUGACUACGGACGAUGUGAUGCUCACAAGUCUCCGACGGGACCGCCAACCAAGGAUGUCCUCCGCCCUCAUCUCGGGCGUGUGCCAUACAGCCCACAGGAGAUUCGUUCUUGCACUGUGCCGGGGACUAUCGCGCUCACGUUUGAUGACGGCCCCGGCCGUUACACUGGCGAUCUCUUGGAUCUUCUUGAUCGAUACGACGCACGGGCAACAUUCUUUGUCACCGGCAUCAAUAACGGCAAAGGUCAAAUUGACGAUCCGAAUCUGCCCUGGGCCGAAAUGAUCGAGAGGAUGGUCGUUGACGGCCACCAGGUUGCCAGUCACACGUGGUCGCAUGAAGAUCUCAGCAAGGUCACUUCGGAGCAACGUGCUGAUCAGCUGCUGAAGAAUGAGGGGGCUAUUCGAAACAUCAUUGGAAGCUUUCCCACCUAUAUGCGUCCACCAUACUCGAGCUGUCUUCCUGAUUCGGGUUGUGGGCAGGACCUUGACGAUCUGGGAUACCACAUCGUCCUCUACGACAUCGACACAGAAGAUUACAAGAAUGACAGCCCAGAACUCAUUGAGUUGUCCAAGGGCAUUUUCGAUCGCGCCUUGAAGAGCGGAAACCCCGAACAUACUUCUUGGCUGGUCAUCGGCCACGACAUCCAUGAACAGACUGUCCACAACCUGACCGAGCACAUGCUCAAGACCAGUAUAGAUCUUGGAUACCGCCCGGUCACAGUCGGUGAGUGUCUGCGGGAUCCGCGCGACAAUUGGUAUCGCGCCGAUAGUCGCUGGGCAGGAAACAAGACCAAAAAGGAGCAUCCGUACCGGGGGCCGAAAAAUUCUACCACUCCUCAGGUAUCUUUGGACGGCACUUGUGGAGCGAACUCUACUUGUUUUGGCUCUCGCUUUGGACUCUGCUGUGGCAGCAACAAUGUCUGCGGAAACACCACCUCCCAUUGCGGCUACGGCUGCAACAAAAAGGCCGGGUAUUGCUCCGUCGGUGUUCCGUCGAAUGGGGAUGCUCUAGCCUCUAGCUCUCCUGAAGCCAAAAGCGUUCGAUCAGAGGCAGAUUCCAGCCCCCGGGUCAUGGGGAGUGCGGCUGUCACCUCAUUUGCAUUGGCUUUGGUCGUUGCGAUGUGGAUGUAA